AUGUACACAGGAACAUUUGUAGUGAAUGUGACUCAGAGCUCCUAUCAGGCAGAGGAGAACCAGAACAUCACACUGGAGUGGACCUUCACCAACAAACCUGAAGCUUCACUUAACUCAUUAAAUAUCUCCUGUCAACUGGUAACUUUCCUCAGACCUUUAGUCUGGUUCCAUCUACAUGAAGGUGUUGAGGUCUCAGAGUCUCAGGAUCAACAGUUUGCAGGACGAGUCCAGUUUGACAAAGACGUCCUCAGAGAAGGACGACUCAGACUUCAUGUGUCCAGACUCAGGAUCAAUGACUCUGGAGAUUAUUUGUGUGAAGAGCUCAAUGGGAGUAAUAAUUUAGAAUGGCACCUCAACAUCACUGGAGCUGAUGAUGAGCCCAAACCUCAGAGUCCACCAAUGAGACCACAACCAGAUAGUCUGGAUUUCAUUCUUAGACUGAUAACAGCAGUAGCAGCACUAGCUAUACUGAUUUUCCGUUUCAUGUAUGCCCCUUCGGGGAUCCAGAGUGAGUUCAGCAGCAGUCCCAGCGGAGAGCAGGAGCAGGAGCAGGAGCAGGAGCAGGAGCAGGAUGGAGGAGCAGGAUGGAGGAGCAGGAGCAGGAUGGAGGAGGAGAACCAGGACCAGGAGGUCUCACAUGUUCAGAAACAGGAAGAAAGAGAGGGUCUCAAACAUCACCACUGUCAGCUCUGUGACAAAUCCUUCACAACAGCUGGAAGUUUAAAGAUACAUCUACGGGUUCACACUGGAGAGAAGCCGUACAGCUGUGACCAAUGUGGGAAAGCUUUUACCUGGGCACAGAGCCUUAGACAACAUAAACUAAUUCACUCUGGAGAGAAGCCGUACAGCUGUGACCAGUGUGGGAGAGCUUUCACUCAGGCAGGUAACCUGAAACAACAUCAACUCAUUCAUUCUGGAGAAAAACUGUACAGUUGUGAUAAGUGUGGGAGAGCUUUCAACAACUCACCGAACCUGAGACAGCAUAAACGAAUUCACUCUGGAGAGAACCCGUACAGCUGUGACCAGUGUGGGAAUUCUUUCACUCAGGCACAUCACCUGAGAAGACAUGAACUCAUUCACUCUGGAGAGAAGCUGUACCUCUGUGACCAGUGUGGGAAAGCUUUUUCCACGGGAUGUAACCUGAAAAAACAUCAAUACGUUCAUACUGGAGAGAAACCGUACAGCUGUGACAAAUGUCAGAAAACCUUUGUCUCCACAGAUCAUCUAAAAUGCCACAGACGUGUUCACACUGGAGAGAAACCGUACUGGUGUGAAUAUUGUGGGAAAACAUUUUCACAACGUAAUCACCUUGAUUCUCACCGACGUGUUCAUAAUGGGGAGAAACCGUACUGGUGUGAAAUAUGUGGGAAAAAGUUUUCCUGGAUUGGUACCCUUAAAAUACAUCAGCACACUCACACAAACUCUUCGACCAACGGACCGGUCAAGGAUCACUCUGACUUUGGACAAAGUGGAGAGCCUCGGCUGAGGCCUGAAGCCGGACGGUUUGAUGGAAAACCGGGAGAACGAGAGGGACUCAAACAUCACCGCUGUGAGCUCUGUGAGAAAUCUUUCACAACAGCUGGACGCCUGAAGGUUCACCAAUGGGUUCACACUGGAGAGAAACAGUACAGCUGUGACCAGUGUGGGAACGCUUUCACCACGACACAGGGCCUGAGAGAACAUCAACGCAUUCACACUGGAGAGAAACCGUACACCUGUGACCAGUGUGGGAGCGCUUUCACCACGGCACGGAGCCUGAGACAACAUCAACGUGUUCACACCGGAGAGAAACCGUACAGCUGUGACCAGUGUGGAAGUACUUUUUCACAAAGUGGAGGCCUUAAUGUUCACAGACGUGUUCACACUGGAGAGAAACCGUACAGCUGUGAUCAGUGUGAAAAAACUUUUUCGCGAUCGGAUCACCUUGUUGCUCACCGACAUGUUCACACUGGAGAGAAGCCCUACAGCUGUGACCAGUGUGGGAACGCUUUCACAACGACACAGGGCCUGAGAGAACAUCAACGCAUUCACACUGGAGAGAAGCCGUACAGCUGUGACCAGUGUGGGAGCGCUUUCACCACGGCAAAGGUCCUGAGACGACAUCAACGUGUUCACACCGGAGAGAAACCGUACAGCUGUGACCAGUGUGGAAGUACUUUUUCACAAAGUGGAGGCCUUAAUGUUCACCGACGUGUUCACACUGGAGAGAAACCGUACAGCUGUGACCAGUGUGGGAACGAUUUCACUACGUCAGGGAGCCUGAGACAACAUCAACGUGUUCACACUGGAGAGAAACCAUACAGCUGUGACCAGUGUGAAAAAACUUUUUCGCGAUCGGAUCACCUUGUUGCUCACCGACGUGUUCACACUGGGAAACCGUACAGCUAUGACCAGUGUGGGAAUGCUUUCACUAUGUCAAGGAGCCUGAGACAACAUCAACGUGUUCAGACUGAAGAGAAACCAUACUGGUGUGACAAAUGUGGGAAAACUUUUUCACAAAGUCGUACCCUUGAUGCUCACCUACGUGUUCACAGUGGAGAGAAACCGUACAGCUGUGACCAAUGUGGCCAUGCUUUCACUCAUGCAAAGAGCCUGAGACGACAUCGAUGCAGUCGUACUGUAGACAAACCGUACUCGUUUGACCAAUGUGGGUAAAUGUCUUCUCUUAGUAGAACCCUUAAAGCUCACCAGUGCAUUAACAGGAUGUCUCAUUGAGCGUUUUUAGAGCCAAGCUAGCUAUUUCUUCAUGCCUCCUCUUCAUGUGCUGUGUUAUUAUAUUCUGAGCUUCCCUCUGAAACUAAAGACUGACAGCAGUGACUGAGUCUGACUGAGGUGGUUUGAUCCAGUGAGGAGGAAGAGGAGAUGAAUAAACAGAGACCCAAAAUAGUUCAAACUUUGAACAAACCUUUAUUCUUGUGGAAUUCUGAUAAAAUCACUCUAUAAUUUUAAACAUUGAUCUGUUGUUACUGUCAUUCUCAGAAUCAACAUGGUCAUUAUUAUUAAUUAUCUGACACCAGGAAGAUAAUAAAUAUCAUUAAACCCUGCACAGCCUGUAAUCAGUGCGGGAAUGUAACUUAUUAAAUUUAAUCAAGUACUGUAAUGGUAGUUGUACUUAGUUGAAUAAUAAUGAUUUUACCCCUGGAGAUUUAACAUGAAAUAAAAAUGUUUAAAUGUACAAUUAUUGAAGAUUCUUACAUGAAUCCAGGAUUAAACACCUGAAAAAAGGACAUUUUUUAUCUGGAUUUUUAUUCUGCGUUAUGUUUUUAUAUUUAUAAUUUUUAUUUUAUUUCAAUUUGUUGACUUGCAUUUUUAAUCUUGUCAUAUAUAUUGAUGGGGAUAUAGUGAUUUGAUAAACUCUGUAACUUCAGUUCCUUUGAGUUAAGUUCUCCACGUCAGCAGUGUUUGCAUUACUGCUGGAAAACAUGUUUAUAUGUCUGGAUCAAUACAGAUGUUCACAUCUGCACUGACUCACCAAACAUGGAUCAUCACACGUCUCCAGCUUGGAGGGACAAAGUGCGUCUCUCUGCAAAUAACAUCUGCGUGCCAUCGGACCAUCAACUCAAUGAAUUCUUGUAACUUGGUCAGAUCUUCUUGAUCCUAUUUGGCUGAUAGAACUCUGUCCCUAUCCAGCUGAACAGUGUGAUGUGACUCUGUUUGUACAUGAUUGAUAUUCUUGUCUGACUUGUAUACUCAUCAUAAUCUUGUAUUUUUUCUAUAUAUUAUCUUGUAUUAAAAUUACUUA